CGGGCCAACUGGGCUUUAGUGCGACAGCCGUGAAGAUGCUGUCGCGUCACGAGGGGAAUCACUCAACUUAUAUCUCCGCCACGGCUAUCCCUCCUUGAUGCUGGAGUCGACGACAGACGUUAGCCAUCCGUGUGAUGCCGACUCCUUUGAAUGCAGCCAGGUUACCUUCGUGUACAACAACACGAUGUGCGAAACGCGUCGCACUUUCUUUGCGUGCAGAGUCGUCUUAAGAGAGUACAUGAUCGGUUUCACCUGGAUGCACGCGGUUGGAUUGCACUCUGCCCUUGCUAUAAAGCGACAGCGAAAAAGACGCGAUGAGCAACGUCGUGCUCGAGAACGCCGAUAUAGUAGUCAAUCUGGUGAAAGUGGAUUAACUUCACCCAGAGCUUCUACGGCUUCUUUAGAUCAACAUGUUCGAAAUCAACGAAAAACUAACACGCGAAAAACGAGAUCGCAAGGAAUGGUGGAUUCAAAAGUUGUUACAUCUAUUGGAAUGCUACACAUAGGUGUAGUGUUUUUAGUUUUAGGCGCUUUUCUUUUUCUGAGUGGCCUUUUGCCAAGCGAUUUCACUUCGUGGGGAGCUAAGGGAUCAAUAAGGUGGUGGAAUGAACUUGUUGCAAUCGGAAUUUUUUCUAUUUUAGUAGGAUGUUUUUUGAUUAUUCUUAAUCGUGUUAUUGCGAAAAAAGAAGAAAACGAUCUAGAAAAAUACGUGCAACGUCAGCUCACGCGAUCUAAAUCUGGCCAUCGUCUUGAAAGGGAUGUGGAAACAGGCGGAUUAACUACAAAACAUGCUAAACGUGCAAAGCAAUUAAAAAUUCAAGAAACAAAUAAUAUUUUAAAUCAUUACGAACCAGAGCAGGCAUCACCAACAACUUCGCCAAAAACUUAUUCUAUAUAUCAAUCUCAAGAUGACCAUUUAACGAUGCAAACUAAGUUAUUUUUAGAACAGAUUCAAGAGGAAGAUGUCACUCUUGACAGAUUAGAGACUUUGUCUAGUGUUAUGAAAUCAUCUUCUCCUAUAAAAGAAAAAUUAUUACUUAAAAAUACAUUAAAUUUGAACAAAAACUGUGGUAUUCAACAUCACCAUCCGCAAUGCAUUGAAGUAUCAAAAAUUUAAAUAUUGUAUAUUUUUUAAAUUUUAUAUUAUACAAAAUAAAUAUAAAUACAGAAUCUA